AUGGAUCGGCAUUUCCCCAACAUUUUCGUCGAUGGAUACGACUCCUGGGAUGAUCUCCAAGAAAAAGUUGAUUUAACUUUAAAAAGUGUGGUCGGUACCAUAAUUAAAGACUAUUUUCCGCGGCUAAGUCAAUUGCAACGAACAUUAUUUGAAGCUUUACCGUUUGGAAGAUUCUUAGGAAUGCAUGUCCACAAUUGUGACCCCUUAAUCGUGCAUUUGAUGAUGUUGCAUGAAGUAUGGUCUCAAGAAGUGUAUGAAUCGGGGAUGUUUCCGCUUGAGAUACAAAGGGUGCAGUUGGAUUUUGGUGAAACAGAGUAUAUUUUGAUUAGUGGGUUAAGAGUUUGUCCUUAUGUCUAUUUACUCCAUGAUGAAAAAGGCCGGUUAAAUUCAAAUCUUCGGGCUCGGUUCUUCCCAAAGAUUACAAAUGCACAUUUGUGGCUCAGAGAUUUAGAAAUAUUACAUUAUGUCUCCAAAUUAUCUGCAACUUCAGGAUGA